CAUUCGCGGUUCCCCUGCUGACCUUCAGUUUUGGUGUAGCCAAAUGGAGCAAAACUAACCUAGAGGACCUUGAGAGGAGGAUGAGGAAAGCAUUCAAAGAGGCCGGAAUGCACCAUCCUCAAUCGGCACUGGAGAGAGUUUCACUACCACGCAAAGAAGGGGGACUUGGAAUCGUCGACAUUUCUGCACUGUGUGUUGCCCAGGUACGACAACUGCGCGAGUACUUCGCAGAACGCGCCAACCAAAACGCGCUAUACCGGGCUGUCUGCGCCGCCGACAGAGGAUACAGCGCUCUGCACUUGGCGCAAGCGGAGUACCAACUCAACUGCAAUCUGCAGACAGUGGAGGAGAAGAUUGCAGCUUGGAAGCAGAAGGCAGUGCAUGGUGCCCACCCCCAUCAACUGGACCGGCCACACGUCGACAAGGCCGCAUCUAAUCUGUGGCUAACGCGUGGUGAACUCUCUUCAGUAGUAGAAGCCGACAUGAUAGCCAUCCAGGACAGGAUAAUGCCGACGAGAAACUGCAGGCGGUACGUCUGGCAUCAAGACGUUGAUGACAUUUGCCGGAUGUGCCAUCAACCAGGUGAAAACAUAGAGCACAUUAUGGGAGGCUGUCCCGUUUUGGCCAACGCAGCCUACACCGAGCGCCACAACAACGUGGCCCGUAUUGUUCAUCGACAACUGGCGCUCCAAUGUGCUCUACUGGAAGACAACGUACCAAACUACCGGUACCUGCCUGCACCUGUCCUGGAAAAUGACCGUUUCAAGUUGUACUGGGAUCGCACUGUUCUGACCGACCUCUCGAUCCACCACAACCGCCCAGAUAUAAUGGUUUACGACAAGAGCGACCGCAAAGUCACCAUCAUCGAUGUCGCUAUUCCACUGAACCAGAAUCUGGAGGAGACCCACGGUCGCAAAAUCUGCAAGUACCGACCAUUGGCCGUGGAGCUCAAGGAACUGUGGGGGCUAAGGGAGGUCCCAAGAAUUGUUCCAGUCGUUCUCUCUGGAACUGGAAUUAUCCCGAAGACACUUCUGGAAGCGCUAAAGGUGUUGAACAUCGAGAAGGAAUUGGCCGGCAUCCAAAAGUCGGUCAUCCUUAGCACCUGCGCGAUUGUCCGACAAUUCCUCGGUCAGGACUAAAACAGCACGAGCAUGCAGAUACGUGCAUUCCGCAGAGCCUAGUCCCCCUUUGGCAUUCAGAAGCCCGGGGGCAGGUGAAAAUUCUGGCUAGGUUCGCCUAGUUAAGAAGUGAGAUAAGUCUGCCAAAAAAAAAAAAAAAAAUCAGAUAACGGACUGUAACAACAAUUACCGAAGUGUCCAGUGAACAACGACCUGUGCAAUGAACAUGGAAAAAAGAUGCCUAAGAGUUGGCUCGCAAGUGCUCCUUGGAAGGCGAGACCACUGCCAGCAGUAAGGAACUGGCAGGCGGGUAGAUAGAAAACCAAAAGAGGCGCAGAAGAAAAUUCCCGGCGAAGGCCAUCAACUAGCAGCAGCAGCGUGAGCAGCAAACAGAUGAGCAGCAAAUCAACCUAGACGGUGGUCCAAAGGAAGUUUUCAAGUAAAUGAUUAAAUCUGUUUUUUUUUAUCGAUUACG